UUCACAUCACAAUAUUAUUUUGUUUAACCUGAUAACCUCACCUUUCUGACAUACGUUACUAAAACGUUGCCGGCUUCAUUAUAUUGUGUCAUUUUUGAAUUGUUACCUUAAAUUUCAACUGUGCAAAAUGUCUUACAAAGUUCCGAAAGUGCAAAAGGUUAUGGUACAACCAAUAAACCUUAUAUUCAGAUUCCUUCAAAACCGUUCGAGAGUUGAAGUGUGGCUCUACGAAAACGCACGAAUGAAGAUAGAAGGACACAUUGUGGGUUUCGAUGAGUACAUGAAUUUGGUUCUGGAUGAAGCAGAGGAGGUUUAUGAGAAAACUGGCAGAAGGAGGAAGCUUGGAAGAAUCAUGCUGAAAGGUGAAAACAUUACGCUAAUUCAGAAUGUCCACCCUGAAGCAGUUUCACUGAAUUAGUCUAACCCAGACCCAGGCUCUACACUAAACUUAACUAUAUUUUACUUGGACUUCAGGUGAACAGUUGAACUAUCGAACUCUGUGUUUAGUGUUGGACAGUACAUAUUUGUAUGUGUUGAAUGUUAGAUUAAAAGACGUUGAAGUCAUUUUAAAGCUGUAGCAAAACAGGUAACAAUUAUAAUGAUGAUUUGAAUAGGCUAGCCUAGUGAAUUUUUUUUGUGUGUAAUUAUUUUUACAUCCCAGGCAGGCUCAACCCAACGGGCGAGCAGGGAGACUAGCUCGCUCAUCAUAUCCCUAAGUUAACAGUUUCCUUAAAGGCUUUAUGUUUUACGUUACUUAAGUAGGGUAACCUCAGAGCUAAGCCUACUGUACAGGCUCUAAGGCCUAGGCCUAACCAGAAAUUACUUCACCAUUCCAAGUUAGAACUAGGCCUAAAUUAUUCACAAAAAUGUUAUGUUAGGUUGACCUUAACUUAGUUUUUUUACAAUAAAAAUGAUUAAGACUUAAA